CAUAUUCUUUUUUGGAUCAAUGCGCUCUAAUAACCUGAGUUCUAAAGUUUUAGUUUUCUUCUCUUCCUAUUGUAUUUCGAAUUGUUUUAUAUUAUAGUGUUUAUAUUAUUAAACUAUUAAUAAAUUUGGUCAACAAUCAAAAUAUAAUAAUGAAAAGAAAACUUUCAAAUUUGGAAGAAGAAGAGUCAAGGUUAUCGGGAUUAUUAUUUCAUAAAUCAAAAUUUAUUGAAACAAUAAAAAAUGAGGAAUACCAACAUAUUCCUGACUGUAAUUUAAAACCAGCAUGGAAUGAUGAAGAUGAUAAUCAACAGAUUGCUGGUACCACAUCAAUAAAUAAAAAGAAAGCUGCCUAUGCAGCAAGACUCAAGCAGAAGUAUGAAAAUAUAAUGGGUACACCAAAUUGGGCAAAAUUAACAAAUAAAUCUGAAACAAACCUUGAAGACACUGAGAUUUUAAGGAAAGUUGGUCAUAUUAAAAAAGGAAAAAGAGGCUUGAAUUUGCCAAAAGACUUCUUACAACUGAGAAAAUUACUGAAUAUAAAUCAUGACUCAAGAAAAGAGGGUCAUGUGAUCUCAUGUAUACAAUUCCAUCCUAAGUUGAGUGUGGCAUUAGUGGCUGGUCCGGCUGGAGUAGUAUCAUUAUUCUCUAUUGGUGGUGAUACCAACAGUAAACUUCAUAGUUUCAAAUAUAAGAAUGUUGCUUCUGUUCACUUUUCUCCAGACGGAUCUGAAGCAUAUUUAUCAUCUAAAACUAAUCAUUAUUACUGCACAUAUGAUCUUAUAAAUGCUACACAAAAAAUGGUGCAACUUCCAUACUGUGUAAAAUACCCUACAAUAUUUAGAUUAUCUCCUAAUGGAAAAUAUAUAGUAACCUCAGAUGGCUUUGAUGAAGUCCAUGUAAUCUGUAACCACUCAAAGGAACUUAUUAAAACUUUAAAACAUAAUUAUAAAGUAGUAUGUGUGACCUUCAGUCACAAUAGUGACCAAUUGUAUAGCUAUUGCAUUCAGGGAGAAAUUACUAUAUGGGAUUUGUCCAUAUUUAGAGCUAUUAAGAAGUUUUAUGACAGUGGUUGUAUAAAUGCUUCCUGUAUAUCUAGUAGUAUGUGUGGUAAAUUAUUAGCAACAGGAAGUCAAGAAGGCAUUGUCAAUAUUUAUGAAACUAAUAAUAUCACUACUUCUGAACCAUUUCCAAUGAAGACCAUCUCCAAUUUAACUACAAGAAUAACAGACAUAAAUUUCAACAAUACUACAGAAAUCCUAGCUUUAUCAUCAAGUUACUAUCAAAAUGCUGUAAAACUUGUGCAUAUACCUUCAUAUCAUGUUUUUAGCAAUUUUCCAGUACAAACAGAUGAUUACAAUCGUAUUCAAUGUGUCAAGUUUUCCCCUAACAGCGGCUAUAUGGCAAUGGGUAACAAUAAAGGAGCUGCUUAUUUAUACAGAUUGAAGUAUUACAGGAAUUAUUAACCAUGCAACAAGGGAAUAAUAAAUAUUGCAUAUGAAAUUUAAUUAUUACUUUUAAUUUAUACCUACAUUGUUACUUUUAGUUACUAAUUAUAUUUAAUUUAGCGUCAAGGCUGCUUUAAAGCGUAUAUCCGAUAACCACAUGCUAUGUGCAUCCUUGUUCUCGUUGACGAUGAAACUUAAUGAUAUCAGGGCGUUUAAGAGUAAAUUAUAAAAGCAACAAAGGUAUAUUAGGAUAUAGAAAUAAGA